CUUAAACCCAUGGAAAGAGGUUGUAACUGGGCAACAGAUUCUUCAGAAAAACAUGCCCUUGCUAAUGCAUGUUACCAACAAAUGGACUUUGAAGAAGUACUUGCUAAAGGUUUAAUGGAGACUCAACAAGAAGCCUUCGUUGGUGAGAUUAACUUAAGAUCAGAUGAACUACUCUCUAAGAGACUGGCUGGCUGUGUUAAGGGCCCCUGUGAUGAUGCUCAGCAUGGUCCAAGGGAUAAACGGUCUGUUAAAUACACAAAUGAUUCUCAGACUUUGGCCCCAAAAGAAAGAAAUGUAUGUCACUAUUUAGAUGAACAAACGAUUGAAUUGUUGCAAAGUAUUUUAACUACAACAAAACUGAAGAAAGAUGUUGGAAUACAUACUCUGGGGCCUGACGCACUGGCAGCAGUGUCACUACAUGCAAGUCCUGACAGAAAUGUUGACCUGGAGAACUUUAAGGUGGACUUAAGUGCUGCGGUUAAAAUAACCCAAAAAGCCUCCUCACAGGCUACUUCGAACACUAAAUCAAUGAAAAAGGACAGUGCCCGAAGUGACUGGAGUCUGUCAUUUAAAGGAAAGCAAUCCUUUUUUGAACCCUUGAAAGAGAAGCUUCAACAGAAAGAUCUGGAAAAUCAGCAGAUUGUUCGGUUACUGCUAAAGAAGCAUCAAGAGCUGAGGGAUGUUAAAGAGAUGUUGAAGCUAAAGGAAGUGGAGGCCCAGCUCAUUGGUGAGAAGCUGAAAUGUGAGGAGCAGAAGAAUUUUGAGGUCAUCAAUAGAUUUCAAAAUGUUUGUGAGGAAAUGAAUAAGAAACUUUUCAUAGCUAAAAACCACAACGAAAGCUUUGCCAAGCAACUCAAAGCCCUACUGGAGAAAUACGAGCGCCUCAAAAAACGUGCCAAUGCUAUUAAGGAGCAACUUCUUGAGGAACACGGCAAGAAAAAGAGCUCACAAAAAACUGUGAAGAAGAUACAAAAGAUGGCUGAAGAACUAUUAAUGAAUCAGACUCUUCUAGAAAAACAGAAGGACGAUACAACACGAGAACUUUCCACAUGCAAGAAGAAAAUGGAGAAAAUGGAAAAGGAACAGAAGCAGCACAGUAGGAUUGUACACCGAAUUGAAGAGGAGAAAUCAGUCAUUGCAGCUGAGUAUGAGGCCCUUAGAGAUGAGCUACAAAAGACUCAGGAGGAGAACAAGAAGCUCACAGAAGCAGUUCAAUCCAAAGAGGUGGAAAAGAGGAGAGCUGAGGAAAAUCUGCAGGAAUCUCAGAAUGUGGUAAAACAGCUGUAUGCAGAACUGGACGAGAGUAAAACCCAAAGAGAAUCCAUUUACCAACAGUUAGAUGCCGUGAAAAAAGAACUCAAACUAAUUCACAACAGAUAUAAAGUGGAGAAACUCCAGUUACAGGAGCAAAAACAGACCAGUAUGAAACAGUGUGAAGACCUGAGAACAGAGUGCGACGCCUUAAAUGAAGUAGUGUUGAAACUUAAAAAGGACAAGCACAUGCUUAACGACGAGCUGGAAUGCCAUCAAAACGAAAAGUCAAAGUCUGAGACGGCUAGUAAACGGGAGGGAGAUAGACUGAGAGAGGCUCUGAGUCUUCUGGAGAGGGAGAGAGAGCUUCUUCUGGAUGAAAUGAGAGACUUGAGGAAGGAUUACUUCAGCCUGAGUGAUCGCAUCACACAGAGGCUUGGACAGCUGGACCAGGCUGACGCUCCUAUGUGCAUCACAGACAUAUCAUCACUUCAUCAUUGCAGAGCACCCAAAGUGGACAACACAACUGUCCCAGUCACACCCAGUAUGGACAUGAUAGAGCACAUCAGGAGGAAACUAGAGGAAGAGGAAAACAUCCAGCAGCAAUGAAAUCAAAGCUUGUGUCUAGUUCUACAGCCUGUUACAGUAAUGGCUGAAAUCAGUCCUUUCAAGUGUUCACUCACCAUUGCUUUGGAAUUUAGCUUUUUUGUAAGAGCUUUACAAAUUAUAUUUGACAGAAAAUUGUUUUUCACAGUCAUAGUAUGUUGUUCUGUUUUGACCUGGGCAAGGGUAACUAUAAACACCUGGUAGUAACUUUUACAGUGUCUUGUACUGUGAAGGAUAAGUUACAUGUAUCCAACACAUUUUGGCUCUAUUGAGCCAGUGAAGGCAGACUGAACGUCCACAGAUUACAAACAAGAUACAAGGAUAUUUAUAACUCACGACUGACCACACAAGUGAGUGCUAUGGGUAUCUUGUUGAGCACUCCAAAUAAAUAAGAGUAGUAUCUACGGCUGAAUGAUUUGGGGAAAAUAUCUGCAGUCAUUUUCUAUAAAUUAAGUCCAUGACUUGUUUUUGGGCCAAUAAGAGAAUAUCCACUUUGUGUGUCAGACUACCAGCUAGUUAUGUUGUACAUGGGUGUCCUCUGAUCAGUCCAACUCAUGUUACUAAUUCACCUUUUCCUCCAUUUAAAACAGUUUUUCUGUUCACCCUACUUCCCUUUCCAAACAGGGAUGUGAUGAAGUGUAUUGUUCUUACGACUGAACAAAAUCCUUUCCCAACACCAUCUUCUGGACGUUCAACUCUAAAUACUGGACAUUGGUAGCAAGAUAGCUGCUCAGAGCCUGAAAACUAUGACUUCAAAUUUUCUGUAUAAUAGUCGAGAUGGAUGUAAAACAUGAUUCAUAAUGCAGUUUCAAUGUAGAGAACUUAGAUUUCUUUACAUGUAUGAUGAAUGCAACGGGUUCAUGAUGUCAAAAUACAUAUAUCCAUUUUCUUUAUAUGUAGUGUUAGAAAUAAAGGUUCUAUGCACGAAUAUUUUGCAUUCAUCAAGUUACAACAUACCUCAAAAGGUACA